CCUCCACGUUUUAUUUCCCUUUGCGCUUCCUCCUCUCCUUUUUCCUUCCUUUCGCUCUCGCUCUACGUCUCGGGUUCGCUCCCCGCGUCCCUCUGCUUUUGUUACCCCUCCCCUCGCUCCCUCCCGCUCCCCGCCCCCGCGUGGCACUGCGGAGCCGGAGACGUGACCCGAGCGGACUCGCUUCCCCGCAGCUCCAGCCUCUCGCCGCAGAGUCGCAUGUCCUCGAUCCAGAACCUCCAAUCCUUCGACCCCUUUGCUGAUGCAACAAAGGGUGACGACUUACUCCCGGCGGGGACUGAGGAUUACAUUCAUAUAAGGAUCCAGCAACGAAACGGAAGAAAGACACUAACAACUGUUCAGGGCAUUGCAGAUGAUUAUGACAAGAAGAAACUUGUGAAAGCUUUCAAAAAGAAAUUCGCUUGUAAUGGUACUGUGAUUGAACAUCCUGAAUACGGCGAAGUUAUCCAGCUGCAAGGUGACCAGAGGAAAAACAUUUGCCAAUUCCUCUUGGAGAUUGGCAUUGUCAAGGAAGAACAACUGAAAGUUCAUGGUUUCUAACCUGUACUCUUGUGAAGAAUCCUGCAGUAUUGGUCUUACCUAUCCUGGCUCUUCAGUGAAGAAUGCGUCUUUGCAGUGAAUGGACUUCCCUGCUACCUGAACAUUUACAAUUUGAUUUGCAUGACUGCAUGAAACAGGUGGUGUAUAGGCUAGAAACACAUAAGAAAACUUCAGUAAGAUGGUAAUGAAGACCCUUGAGAACUUUAACACAUUUCCAAUGGAAAUGUAUUAGCGAUGAUUGUUCAGUUUAGUACUCUCCACCUGAGUUAAAUGUGUGAGUUUUAUUCAAAUAGUGUGUGUUGUUGCUUAAAAAUAAAAGUUUAUUCAUAUAAUUUCUGGGAUAUUUGAAAUGCUUUAGCUUAAGUUUUAAACUAGCACUGUAGCCUUGCUGAGGAAUGGCUAAACUGUUUUGUGGCAAGUGUUAACUCACUGCUGAUUGAAGAAAUUGGAAAAUUGACAUGAUUAAGUACUAGCUGAUUAAUCAGUAGAUUAGCUUGAUGUGACCUUACCCUGUAGCUGUAAGACUAGUGUUUUAAAAGCCUGUACUGUAGGUGUACCUUAGUAGCAGCAUAAUAAGACAUCAGUUGUUUGCUGUGUAAGUAACUGGAUCUUCUCUAAAAUUUAUUGCAGUGAUUAUGAGGAAUUAAUGUGAAGCAAAGUAGGGGUAAAACAAGCUGAGCUCCUCAAAGCAAAACAUUUGGGCAAAAGUCCCAAAACAUUUAAAGGAAGUGGAUGAGGUGUUGUAUCUCCUCUGUCACUGAGUACAGGGAAAAGGGAAUGUGUUGGCUUCUGCCAUGACUGUGCCAUGGCAAGCAGAAUGCUUGACUGAGCUGGUAGUGCUAGCUGCAGGAGCAGGGAAGGGAGCAGGACCUACACUAACCUCUUCCCUGUUAUGAAAAGUCUUCCUAGGACUGAUGGUUGACAUGGAGGGUUUUGUAAUAGAGUUUAGGUGUUGCUACAAAAAGCUGGUUCUUCUAGAAGGCAAUUAUUUCAGCAUUACUGGAGGUUACAUUAGGUUUGUUCCACCAUGCCUUUCAGCUAGCUUUAGUUAGCUGUAGGCAUUUCUUGUUCUGCUUGUAGGAUAUGUCUCAUGAAGAAUGAAAUUAAUUCACUUGGUGAAACAAGCAGAUGUUGUCUUCCUUUUGAGGUGGACAUGGAAUUUUUUUCUGAAACAAUUCAGAACAUGCUGAGUUGCAAAACCAUUACAAUAGUGGGAAAUGUUUAAAAAACUUCAUGUCAUAUCAUGUAUUCUCUGGAAAGAAAGAAAGAGAUAUUUCUUUACUUCUAAGACUUAGUAAUAACUUAGCCAGAAAAGGAAAAUUAUUAAAUUGAUAAAAUAAUUGUUUACUACCUAAAGUAGUAAAGAAUUAUGCAAAACUUAUUAUUUAAUAUCACAUGUUUAUACUUCAUUUCCUAUUCAUAUUUGCCUUUCUAAACAGAAAUGUUUCAAAUUUAACUUAUUUGAACUGGGUUUUUUUUCUUUUUUUUUAGAUUUUUGAGUUCAGAAAUGAACCCUUAAGGCACUAGCAACAAUUAGGGGAGCAUUAUAUGACGAUUCCUUUCUCCGCCUGGUCUAGACAAUUCCACUUGUAAAAUUCCAGUCACUCAAUCUCCACAAAUUCUGCCUGAUGUUACAGAUCUUAUCUGUUCCAGAGAAAGGAUGCUCCAGAAGAUUGUAUACAGUUAAGGUGCAAUUCGUUCAGGAGGAGGAAAUGCCUCAUGCAAAGCUCAAAAUACCCACAUACCAAAUGGAAAUCCAAAAAUAAAUCUUAUGCAAGUCUUGCAGAUGAGCAGAAUAAAGGCAUUCUACUGCAAGUUUACCUAGUCCUGAUUCUUAACUACUAAAGUAAUCAGUCUUUUGGGGGUACAUAGAAAUUAGUGGUUAUCUUUUUAUCACAUGCCAGAAAAACUGAUGUUCUUAUUUAAAGCUUGUUCUCCUGCCCAAGAGGAAAAGCAAGCAGUACCUUCUAUUUUGCUGGUAUUAUACAAGUUCUUCUAGUGGGCUUUGAAUUGAAGAUUAAUGACUAGCAGGUCUCAUGUUACUGAGUCAGUCUUCAUUUCAUAUGGCAUCCCAUUAACUUUUACUACCUAAGCUUGAGUCAUUUCUCCAUAGUCAUUCUGCUUGGAAUAAGUAAGAAAAAUAUUUGGUUUUCUUCCUCCUCAUUUAAAAAUCCUUUAUAAUAAGAAGAACCUCGCAAUUCAUGGGUGGCUUGGGUGAAGAUGCUUGUGUUUUGACCUUUGAAAGGCAAAAGUAUAGGGAGAUGGAGUAAGACGUAACACAUUUGAAGUUUCUAGAAGGAAAUUCUUUUCUUUCUAGAAGGAAAGCAGAAAUUUUUGUCCAUGAGUGUUUUAAACUAAAACAGUGUUUCUAAGAUUGUAAUUAGCUUUGUUACAAGCCCAAAUCUUUUUGUAUGUUGUAGAUGAAAGGCUUCAAGAAUAUCAUGUUUUGUCAUCUUAUUCUGAAACUUCUUUGUCAAAGCUAAACUUCCUUGGAAUACAUAUCUAUGUUUUAAAAAUGCUGAAAAUGAAGGCUUUGGAAAAUAACUGUUUAAAGUGCUGCCACAGAAAUCUGUUUUCAGAAUGAAGGCAGGUUUCAAUCUUUUUAUCUAUUCCAAAAUAAGGUAAAAAAUGUUGAAGGAUGUGGCCCAUAAUUGUCAAGGCAGAAAAAAAGAGCUUAUAGUAGAAACUCUUUUGAAGUCCACUAGUAGGACUUGAGGCUGGCCAGGCUCAGACUGCAAAAAAAUGGUGUUUUUUUGUUGGACUGUUGUGAAGUCUGUGUCCUUCAUACCUACCAAUCAAGAUUUCCUUCUUAGUGAUACUUAGGCUUAAUCUCAAGGUGUUAUUGGAUGCAGAAACUUGUUUUGAAUUCACAGCCUUGUGCAUAGUUUUAUUGGACUGUUCUAGCUGACUCUGAGCUGAUACCUUGGAGUAAGGUGUUGCAUAAAUAAAUUCACUAAAUUGUCUGUUCUGAGUCUACAUCUGCUUAAAGCAGCUAGGAGCAAUGCAACCCUCGCUUCCCAAAUGCUGCUGGCAGCUCUUGUUUGUAGAAUAUGAGAUUUAAUAAUUUAAGUCUGUAAGAUGCCUACUUCUUACUGUCUGAGCUAUCAGGCCCUUGACUGUCACCUAUGGUCUGCUAAAUCUGACUCUGUGUCUCAGAGAUGAGCAUGAGGAGCACGAUUAUGGCCAGAUAAUUCUCAAGUGGAGUAACCUCUGAAAAGGAAUGCCUGGGCUGUGUGUGCAUGCUAAUCAUUGCUUCAGUGGCUUUGCUUGAACCUUUAUUCCUGAACUCCAUUUUUGCACAGCCAAAAUUAAUAACAUUUUGUUUUGGAGAGCUUCUUUGGAGGGGGAGGAGGGAACUAGUAAAUAGUCUUAGGAAAUAAGUUUAUAUCUGAAGUUUGUUUCCAUUAACUUAGAUCCCUGGACUGAAGACCUCCGUAACAUCAUUGUUUCUCUCUCUCUCUGUAUCUUUAAAAAUCUUAGUUAGAUAUCCUUGAAAGUUUGGCAUUUAAGGCUCUAUGUACAUCCAAAGCCGUUAUAAAACUCUAAAAUACAAAGUCAUUGAACUUAAGUUUCAAAUAUUUGAAAUGCAAUUAGACAGAACACCUCAUUUUUUCCUAUACUGCCAUCCUGCUUAUAGUUGGUACAUCUUCAGUUGCCCUGAAGAUGCAUGUGUUAUUUACAGUCAGGCAGUAAUCAGAUAUCCUCUCCUGUAAUGCCAUACCCUGUUUGUAGGCUUUUUAAUUUUAUCUGAUGUGCUGCGCUCUUACAGGCUGUAGUACUCUAAUUUUGCAGUAUAGGCCAGAUGUACCUUGAGUUCCAGUCAGAAAUUAAUUCCUUAAUCCUUCUGCUAGGCUCUCGUGUACAGAAUCUAUGUGUUACAUCUUUAAGUGGCUGAAUAGUUCCUCACACUCUGUAAAUAUGUAUACAAGAUUGAUAUUUAGGCUGUUAAAGCAGGAGGGAGGUGUUCUUUACAGCUCACCCUAAGACACUGUAGGAGUUACUGUCCCUUGUAUCUGUUCAGUGUUGAUCAGUAUUACUGAGCAUUCCUUUAACUAAUGUGCUGCUGACACUGGGGAGUUGGAAGUGGGCUUAGAGGGUUGUGUGUAUUUAAGUACCUAUGACUUUCUACAUCCAUACUCAAUCAGGAAUCUGUCCCCUGGGCAUGGCAACACGAAGGUUGUUUUCCAGUUGCCAGAUUAAAAGCUCUUGAGAUCAUUAAGGGAAAAAUGGCAUAGCCAUUUCAUGUUUGCUGUAUAGAUGUUUCAUGCCUACUGUUUCCCAUUUAGAUUAAAAAUACAAAAAUAAUCUCAAAAGAGGAUUUGUACUUGGCUUGCCUUUUUUAAGUUUGCUACAUGCCUGUCAUUGAUCUCUUAAUGAACAACGUGUAUUGGAGUAUUGCUACAGAGCUGAGACAAAAAAAGUCUUUUAAAAUAAAGUGUGCCAGUGUUAUUUUAUGUAUGCUUUUCUAAAACAAAUGGAAUUUUAUGCUGUUAAGGAGGAAUUUUUUUUUUUUUUUUUUGGG